AUGGGGACGCCUAGGGCGGUGAAAAUUCAGGCUAUAGCGGAUCUAUUGGCACAGUUUCCGGGAGAGGAAGAAUUCCCAUUGGAUGAUGAAGUUCCAGGGGAAGUAGUCGUGGCGGAAGAGGUAAGAGAACAAUGGGUAAUGAAGUUUGAUGGGUCUUCUACUACCCAGUUUGGAGGGGUGGGAGUAGUCUUGUAUCGUGAAGAAGACAAGGCAAUGGCGCUAUCGUUCAAGCUGGAAUUCUCCUGUUCAAACAACACGGCCGAAUACGAAACCUACCUAACCAGGCUAGCCACGGCUCUCGUAAUGGGAGCCAAACAUUUAAGAGUAUUGGGAAAUUCGAACCUGGUUGUCUGCCAGGCCAAGGGAAGCUUUUCCUUAAAAGAGCCCAGCCUAGCCCCAUAUAGAGUGAUGGCCCAAGGGAUGGAAAUAGAGCAUGCUCCAAAAAACGAAAACCAGUUUGCGGACGCAUUAGCCACACUGGGGUCACAAAUAAUUUUCAAAGGGGAUAGCACCAGGAUAGAAGUCAGCAAAAGGGAAGAAUCCAUCAUUGAGGUGUUGAAGGAAAAGUUCCGGGAGGAAUAG